AUUUUCAAUUAUUAUCUCAUGAUCUUGCAUCUCACCUCGACCUCGUCCUUUUUUUAAUUUAGAGAGAGAACAUAGCUCUUUCUUUUGUUGAAGUCCAGUACCAACUUACUUCACUAGGUACAUGUUAAUAAAGAAGGCUGAAGAUCUUUUGACUUGUGUGGCAUUGAGGCAUAACCACAUUUCUUGACAGUAAUGUGUUUUUGUGUGUUGCCGAAUCUGUACAAGGUGUGGAAUGUCUUGCUUGUUGUGUUAUUCAUCGGAAACACACUAUUAGUGAUAUAAUAGAGCUCUUAGUGCUGAGUGUUUUCAGCAUUGUUUCAGCUUUGCAGGUGAACUAAUAAGUCGUCCAUUUUGUAAUAAUCCAUUUUUCUGAAUUAGAUGGCAUGAUCUAUGAUAAGACAGCUGGGCAGUGAAUCUCCAGUUGUCUCUAUCAGAUUCAGUGGUUCAGUUGUCGACUGAUCAAAAGUCAAUAGAUUUCCUUGGUUUCAGUCAAUAGUCAUGUCAGUUUUUGUUUCUCUACAGCAUCUGCAGUAAUGCAAGACAUAUUGCAUUGUAUUUGGAAGGUUGGAAUGAGAGCGGGAAAGGUGUCAUCUGACAAGGAUCCUUUGAUUAACAACAACCAGGCGGAGCCACCAACCAAAAGCAUGUCGGGGGAGAAGAAGACGGUGGUUCAGAUCGCCACCGUCGUAUUGUCAUACUGGACGAUAUCGAUAUCAAUGGUAUUCGCCAACAAGUAUCUCCUCGGAGGGAAACAUUCUGAAAGUGACAUAUCAUUAUUCGUGGCCUGGUUCCAGUGCCUUGUAACAGUAUUCUCCGUCAUAAUUGGGACAUACACAUCGAGGAUAUGCCGCGGAUCUGACGCUAAAAUCCCACUAGUCUCGCAGAAAGUCCUACUGUCAAAAAAUAUGUUGAUACUUUCAGCGUUAUUUGUUGGCAUGUUGACUUUUAAUAACCUUUGCCUGAAACAUGUUGGUGUGGCGUUUUUCCAAGUUGCCCGUUCCCUAACGUUGAUCUUCACUGUGAUCUUCUCGGCACUUAUUCUUGGAAAGCCGCAGUCAAAGCAGACAAUUGGAUGUUGUUUAAUUGUCGUCUCGGGGUUCUGUCUUGGGGUAAAUCAGGAGGGCAUUGCAGGGACAUUGUCCUACCGCGGCGUAAUCUAUGGCGUCACAACCAGUCUCUUCGUGUCGCUGGUCGGGAUCUUCACGAAAAGAGCACUCGAAUUAGUAGAGAAGGAUGUUGUGAAAGUGACAUUUUACAACAACGUGAAUUCGGCGGUGAUGUUUAUACCACUGGUUAUCGCCACUAGUCAACUGAUGGUCGUAUUCCAAGAGAAAUCCAGCGAUAUUACAUUUUGGAUCUUUUUAAUCUUAUCAGGUAUGCUGAGCUUCCUGAUUGGCUGGGCUAGUAACAUGCAAAUCGACUAUACGUCCCCGAUUACACAUCAUAUCAGUAAUAACACCAAAGCGGUCCUACAGACUGUUAUUGCCGUCCUGUGGUACCAGGAGACUAAACUGUUCCUGUGGUGGUGUAGUAAUCUCCUUGUUAUAACCGGUGCAUUCCUUUACGCAAUGGUAAAGAUGCGUGAACAGAGGGCGCUAGCAUCAUCAACAGCGACUAUUUCGGCUAUGGAGGCUGGAGAGAACGAUACAAAAAAUGGCGUCCAAAAAGCUUAACAUUUGAGAGUGUGGUGAGUGUGUAGUCUUUGAUGACUGUGAUGGAACAGGGUGUUUAGUUAGAGCCAUACCAGGAAUCAAACAUGAAUGUGUAAUUUUCUUUGUAAGCUCUACCUCGGUUGAUACAUUGUGUGUUCCGGUCUUGCCGAAAAUUUAGGAAAACUUGCAAAAUAACAUCGCGUCCAUUUUAUAAAUAUAAAAGAGUGAGUGACUUCUGCUACUUGAUAGUUUCUCUCCAUUGUUUGAUUUAAUAUCUGUUUCUUUAUCAAAUGUUUGGUUACCGGUACUAAAAAGAUAACUCUUCUUCAAGGUUUUUUGAGGAGACGGUCCCUCAGCUCUUUUGAAGGUUCAGCUGAAUCAAAAGGUUUUCUUUUUGUCACCAUAUUCAAAUGUAUAGUAUAGAUUUUUUUUAAGAACCGUCCAGCAGUUACAUCCAAUGUAUUGCUUUCAAUCAGCUGUUACAAUUUAUAUCAAGUUCAAGUCUGAAUUUCAUCUUUGGUCUUUGCCAGAAUAUGUACAAUGAUUGUCCCAGUGAUACCUGACCUUGAGGCAAUCUUUGAUCAGAGGCACUUAACCCCUGCUGAAUACAGUCCACCCAAACUUGAUGCAGAGUGUCCUAAAACAACAGAUAUUUCUACUAUCGUUGGGCUCAAGGCACCAGUAUCAGUUGAGAGGGGAAUCGCCACAGUCAGGUUGUACAUUUCAGACAGUAGUCGCAGUCCCUCCCCGGCUAUUACUUUAUUAAAGUGAUGUUUUAUAUUGUAAUAAGAACAAUUUGAGUAUAGAGUGUUAAUAUCGUUUUAUAUUAUGGUUGUAAAUACGCUUUUGGUCCGUCCAUCUAUCUGUGUGUGAAUUUCUCAGAUAGGUGAUUAUUUUUUCAAAACAAUUUGUUGCUUUUUCGAUAAGCAUAUGUUAUAACAUAAGUGUCGAGUACUUUGUAUUUCAAUUAGCAUUCCAAAGAAAUUGCUUAUGAGAGUAUAUUCAUUUAUUCAUUGUUGACAACAUCAGUUUGUAUAACAACUGCUGUUGUAUCUGAAUGUUGGGGAAACAGAAUAUUUAGUUCUAUGACUUACACAGGACUGGGCUUUUCCUGACCUUGUAUGUGUCGUAUGUAUGAUGAGCACAUGUGGAAUAAAUGUACCUUUCACCUUCAAUACGCGAUGUUCAGGAUAGAUGUUAAACUAGACUGUUAACCCAGAAAUAAUGUGCCUUUUUUCAUCACAUUCACUGAUAAUCACUAUGAAAGAAAUCCAAAGAAACCAACAAUCAUUUUGUAAUAUAGCACUCGGGCAGUUGAAUGUUGUUGGCCACUUUCAGUUUAAGGUUUUGGCACCAGAUGUCAGGACAGGCAUUCUGCAGUGAUUUAAGUGAAACUGGGUGGAGUCGUACAUAAGUUGAAUUAUAACCAGAAGAGAUGAAAUGGCUGUGUUUUACUUCAGGCUGGAGGUAUUAAAACAACUGAUAAACUCACAGAACACGUUUAUUCUGUGAUUUUUUUUCUGAGAAAAGUUAAAAAUUGGGUGAAUUACAUGUACCAGUGGUAGAUUGUAAUAUUGCAUUUGCAGCCUGGUUGAACUCAGUCAUAUUUUAUCCUCUGCUCUGUUAUGAAUCUCAACCUUAUUUGCAGUACAUCCAAUGUCUAAAAGUGAAAGCAUUGUGGGUAUCUAUGGAGACCUAGGUAUGUCAUGUUUGAAAGCUGCACAGCGCAGAAUGAGGUGUUCAUUUUCAAAUCUGAAGCUUGAUAAUACAUGUAUACAAACAACCGAUGUAAUGAAUUAGCUAGAGUCAUUGAUGUUUGUUUUGUAAAACACUGCAAUCUAAAGUGAUGCAUUAUGUCCAAGCAAUAUUUUCAAGUUCAAAAAAGAAUAUCAGAUUUCUAUAUUAUUCAUAGGAAAUGUUUAUAUUUAUAUACUGUCACUUCUCCAGAAUAGUUUAGUAUGUUAACAAAUAAAAUGGUUUUGGUUUGUCUA